AAGUCGGAUCAUGCAUGAGGCCGAAAUGGGAGUUGUGGAAAAAGGAAGAUGGGUAAGAACCUCAGAAGCUCAAUUCCUGUAGGUCACCGCCAUUCUCAGCCUUCAGCUAUCGCACAAACUCUUUCAUUAUUAUAUAUCUUAGUUCGCCGGAGGCGUGCCGCACUUUCAGCGCCGGCUUCGCCUCAGCUUCGAAUUUUUCUGGAGACCAUUUUCAUACAAAUUCACACGCAAAUUAGGGUUCAGAGAGUUUCCUAAUCCCUGCCAUGUUAAAUUCAAGGCUAGCCAGAGUAGGAGCUUGGAUGGUCAAAGAGUUGUCCAGAGGAAAGUCUAUAUCCAAUUAUAGGGCAGGAUAUAAUCGAAGGAUUAAUGGGCAGCAUUUGCAUCCUCCGGGGUCAUCUGCUGAAUUGUGUCUGGGAGGCAUGUUUCAAAAACCUCAGCACCUUUCAACUAUGGCCACUAGCAAUACUCCUGAGGAAGGGGGUGAGCAGAAAACGAUAUCAGUAACUUUUGUUGAUAAGGAUGGUGAGGAGAAGCAAAUUAAAGUCCCUAUUGGAAUGUCCAUGCUAGAAGCUGCUCAUGAAAAUGACAUUGAACUUGAAGGAGCAUGUGAGGGCUCACUUGCCUGUUCAACAUGUCAUGUUAUAGUGAUGGAUGUAGGGUACUAUAAUAAAUUAGAAGACCCAACUGAUGAAGAAAAUGACAUGUUGGAUCUAGCUUUUGGACUAACUGAAACAUCGCGUCUGGGUUGUCAAGUGAUUGCUAAACCAGAACUUGACGGGAUUCGUUUAGCUAUUCCUGCUGCCACUCGGAACUUUGCUGUUGAUGGCUUCGUGCCAAAACCUCACUAGGAUUUUUAAUCCAGCAGCUCCACUAGAGUUUAGAGAUCAUACGUGUUGGUAAAAAUUUUGUGUGCAAGUAAAAGUAACGCAACUAUCCUAGUUUCAUGGCUUCUUACCGUUCAAACAAACGAGCUUUAGUUCAUCCUAGUAGGAAUUGUAUUUGUAGCGAUCAUUGGUUGUUGUCUUGGGGAGGUCCUGUUUCUGUUGAAUAACAGAGAUAGCACUGGCAGAGUUCAGAUCCUGAAUUUUUUUUUGACACUUAUACUGUAAAAUUUAAUAGAACUAAUUGCCUUUUCUGGCACAAAAUUCUAUUCAGAGGUGAAUUCAAAUAA